AUGGCGACUUUGCUCGAAUACGUGAAAAUCUUUGCAGACAACUCAUGCACAAAGGUACUGGCGGGCACAUCGGCCGCCCGGAAACCGCUGCACUUACACAAUGACGCAGACGUUUUACUGCGGGGGUCUGCAUGUGUCGAUGGCCUCACCAACACCUCUGCCUGGCUCUCUGUCAACUUGAGGAGGUUCAGCCGAUACGCCGCGUACGCAGACCUGCUCUCUCUGAACGCUGCGUUCAGUGGGUUUGACGUGCUCCACAGCUUGACCGUGAAGCAACUGGCACAGCUAACAGUCGCCAACGGGACCGUGGAAGCAACCAAAGAUCUCCAGAGACUCCUGGCUUUUGUCACCAACUCAACUGUUGCCGAAUAUAUUGAUGAAUUGAACAGACAAGUCCACCUGGCCAACAGCAGCCUGGAGACAGAGACCAAAGCCGUGCUGUUGCAACACGUCCUCAUGGCAGCGAGGCCGAUUCUGCAGGCAGCAAACGAUACAGAGUUCAUGCACUGGAUGAAUCCUCGCCUUGCCGGCUUGAUUCCUGGGCUGAACCGAACCCACGUCCCCCUGUUUUUCGAGGGCUUGGACACCAGGACCUGCACUGCCGUCAAGGCUGUGGUGACUGUACUUAAUAACUCCAUCGCCGACUUCGGCAGCCCCACGCAGCACAGCAUUUACCAGGAGAUACGGGACCGGACAGCAAACUCCUCGCUCCAGUGCUACACCACAGACACCAGCUUUGCUGUGUAUUUGAGAGAGACAUUUCAGGGCUUUGGCGCUUUCCUGAACCUGAGAGAUCUCAGAUCCAUCAUUCCAGCGUCUGGCAUCCAAAAGAUUGCAAACACGAUGGCUCCUGCCGCCUUGGCCAACCUGUUCUCCAGCCCUGCGUUCCUCAACGACGACGCCUUCCUGACCGCUCUUGUGAAGACCUAUGAAAGGAAAGGGGACUUUAUUGACCAGCUGAACAAGAAGAGCAUUGCGGAGACCCUCCCCAGGGACACCAGAGCAGCCAUUCUGGCAGGCGUGUGGCCUGCGGUGGUCAGGAGUGACCGUGAGACGGAGGUGGAUGCCUGGCUCAGCACACGCCUGUCGCCGUACUUCAGCUCUCUCCAAAGUCCCCUGCUGAGCUCCAGUGACACCGUGCAAGCCACGUGCACGGCUUUCCGCAAGAUCGUGGACAAACUGAGUCAUAACGGCACCGCUUUGAAGGUCAGCGAGCGAGAGGUGUAUCGUGCCAUCCAGGCCUAUCUCACCACGAGUCCUGCCAGGCCCAGGUGCUACAACGCCAGCAACCCCAAGACAGCAAACUGGUUUGCUGCUUACCUUGGGCGUUACAUCCGCUACAGCAGCGCAGAAGAUGUACGAUCAUUCACAAAUAAUGACAACACGGUGCUCCAGGAUCUUGCCAUAAACAGAGACAAUCUGAGACUCAUCAACCACACGCAGAUCCCAAGGGACACGGCGGAGCUGUACGCUACCUCGCUGUUUGCCAAGAACGCAAACUUCAGUCUCAUCAACCUGCCCGGCCCGCUGCUCUGCUUUGCAAGACAUUCAACUGCCAUCCAGUGGCUCAGCUCCACGGACGCGCUCAGUGUCAUUGCCAGGAUAAACCUCCACUGCGGCCCCUCAAACACCUCCGUGCCCACAGAGCCCACCCUCUCCGACCACCAGCUUGCAACCAUGCUGGUUGCACAAGUUACUUCCUUCAAUGCCAACACCUUGACUGCACUGGGACAGCAAGCCUUGGGCUUGACCUUUGGGCAGAUUUCGAAGCUGAGAGCAGAGGACGUAGCAGAGCCUGCGACUUUGCAGGCGCUUGGUCAAGUCCACGGCUGGAACCGGGGACAGGCCCAGGGGCUGGUGAACAAAGUGAUCAGCAGUAACUUCACGUUGGACACGGCAGAGGCAUUUCACAAACUUGGAACAUUGCUACCAGGCCUCCCCGGCCGUGUCUUCAGGAACAUCCCCGCAGACACUGCCAAGGAGAUGGCUAAAAAUGAAGGCUUCCUGAGGGCCAUCGAAAAGGCACCUCGCUACCUGAAGAGAGCUUUUGUGGGCAGGAUCAUCUCCAGGUCCUCCUCUCUGAAUGACAUUUUACAUGAUGUGCCUGAUGCUCUGGUGGACCAAGUCCCCAUCUCGUUGCUGGUACUGCAAGAUGGGCACCUAGAUCUUCACCAGAUCCAACAGAAGCAGUGGUCCGCAGAGCAGGCGGCGGUGUUUUUUGAGCGUGUGCUGUCUGCCACGGAGAAUCACACGGACCUCUCAGCCUCGGUCCUGCAUGGUUUCCAGUGCAGCCCAGCCAGCAAACUCUCAGCUGCCCGGGUCUUCUCGAUGGCUGAACAGAUGGCGAAGAAGAACGUGGUCCUGACCCGCCACCAGUUGUCUUGCCUAGCCAAAAUACUGGCUGCGCACAACCUGACGGCCAACUUCACCCACUACCCACGAGACCUGCUGCUUUUCUUUAACUUCGCUGAAGUGCACAAUGAUACCUGCAAAGCCUUUUACAGCCUGGCUUCCCAAGGAAACCUCAACCUGCUGCCAUGUGGAUCUGCCCAAAGGACCCAGCUCCUGACCAGUGCCCUAGCCUGCCUGGAAAUAGAGAACACCACCCUCAGCAAGGAGCAGCUCGGCAGGCUGGGUGCUUUGGUGUGCGACAUGGACGCUGCAGCCAUCACAGACUCCCACCCUCGGAUCCUGGAGAAUUUAAAGCUCUGUCCAGCUCUGACGGAGGCCCAACAGAUUGCCCUCAAUGCCCUCCUCAGCGGCAGGGAGAGCCAGUACGGGGAUCCUUCGUCCUGGGAUUUAGCAAGUCUGCAGAAACUCGGGCUGCUUGCUCCGUAUGUGAACCACACCACGUGGAGCUCAGUGAACGUGGACGUGAGAAGGGCCUUCUUCAAGAGCGUGGUCGCUGGGUACCAAAGCCAAAGUGCGUCUCAGAAAAAGAAAGCCGUGCUCCUCUUGAAAUCUCUUGGAGUUAUGUCGUCCUCACCUCGCAGACCUAAACGUGCCCCGCAAGAGUGCAUGUCUGAAGCCAUCACUGCCGAAGCCAUCCUUGACCCCCUGUUCCUGGUGUCUUACACCGAUACCAAGCAGUUUGACGCAUGCUUGAGUAACGAGGUUUUGAAAGACAACCUGGUCCCUUUGCUGGAUCAGCCCCUCACCGAGGAGCAGCUCGAUGUCCUAAAGCGGAAAUUUGGCGAGAUUUACCCCGAUGGGAUCCCGGAGGACCAGCUAAAGCUCUUCGGCUUGUUAUCGCGCCGCUACACCGUGAGCGAGAUCAGCAAGUGGACAGUGACGUCCAGUGAAACCCUCAUGGCCCUGCUGGACCCGGAGGCCGGGAGCUGGAGGGAAGCCGAGGUAAUUGUGCUGGCGGGAGCUAACGAAGGGAUAGCGGCAGUAGGUCAGCACUUUGUGAUCCCAUGA